AAAAAAAAAAAACAUGGCGGGCUAGUGUGUACAUGGAGUCCGCUAUUUGCCAUUCCUCGUCGAUAAAUGAAAGCUUACUUCUGCCGGCAAACGACACACUCUUCAACAGGUCAACAUGUUUCGCCGGUCAAGGUUUAGUAUUCGGCCCAAUGUCGGUACGGCAGGGAGAACAGCAGCAACACCUCAGGAAGCCCCUGCAGCAAGUCAGGAGGCCAGUGAGACCCCCAGAGACAUCAGUGAGAGCAGCACUCCUACUGCUGUGGCAGAUACCAAGUCUGUUGUGACUCCAUCAGAGACACCUAUAGCCCCAGGGGACGGCAAUGACCAAAAUGGGGAAGGUACGGGUUCCGCGGCUGCAGUCCAGAGAAGGAAGCGGUUUUCUGUCAAGCCCAAAGUGGCCCCAGGGCGCCCCUCCACCCUUGCUCGGACGCCAAAGUCCCCUGUCAAGACAGCCCCUGAAAUUCCUGUUGAAGGCCCCGGCCCAGACCUUGACAACCCAACAGCAUCCAGCCAAACUGCGACUACAGCAGCCCCUAAAGGACUCCAGUCCCCAAGGCGACGAAGGCCUUCAGAAGAGAGCAAGCAGCCCAAAGUGCAACCUAAACCCACCCCCAUCUCGUCUGACUCUUCAGGACCUUCAGCUGUCCCUCUAGCUGAGGAAUCACCGGAACAAACUGAUCUGCCAACAGACAGCGACAGACACUUAGAAAGCAAGGCAGGCAGUCAGGUUAAAGAAGUUCCUCCCAGACUACCGAAUAAAGUCCCCCCCUCUCUACCAGACAAAGAAGCUGUUGAAGUAUCAGAGAAGGCCAAGACUCUAGUUUCAUCUAAGAGUGGACUUUCACUGUCACCAUCGGCGUUCUCCUUGAGUAGACUCCUGAAUGACCCAUCCGACUUACAGAGGCUGGCAAAGGCCCAAAAGCUCAGAGAGUUGCUCAGGCAGGAGAGGCACAAAGAAAAGAAACUCAGGAAAGCUAAGGCACGUGCAAAGGAAUAUACUUUAGAUCCUGCCAAAAUGACCAUGAGGGACCUUAUCCGUUAUCUCCCAAUGUCUAACCCCAUGACAUCUAGUUUAGAAGACUCAGCUCAGGAGAAUGAGACUGUGGUCCCUCCUUCGCCGGAAAGAGAGGAGUCUCCAGAGAGAGCACAGGAACCUGAAGUCCUCCCUAAAAUGGCAAGUCCGAGGGAGGAGGAGGAAGAGGAGGUAGCAGAGGAAGAGCAGGAGGAAGCGCUCAUGGUUCCCCAGGUCAAAGUAGCAGAGGAUGGCUCACUGAUCAUCGAUGAAGAGAGCUUGACGGUGGAAGUCCAGCGAGCAAAAGGACCAAACCCAGCACAGGAUCGAGACCCCAUCUUUGAGCGUGGGUCCACUACGACUUACUCAAGCUUCAGGAAAGGAACCUAUUCGAAACCCUGGUCCAGUGAAGAGACAGACAUGUUCUUCCUGGCCAUUAGUAUGGUGGGGACAGACUUCUCCAUGAUUUGUCAACUUUUUCCUCACAGAGCUCGAUCAGAGAUAAAGAACAAAUUCAAAAAAGAAGAGCGAGAGAAUGCCUGGAGGAUUGAUAAAGCUUUCAGAGAGAGGCGAAAGCUGGACAUAGAGUAUUUUUCUAAGCUGCUAGAGAAAAUUCUGGAGGUUCAGAAAAACAGGAAGAAACUCAAGUCACUCGCUGAGAAGAACUCCCCCAGGAAGCUCAAGAGAAAGGCAAAGGGCAAAAAAGCUGCAAGGAAACUGAGCGAUGUGGAGGAGGAAGAUGAGGAAGAUGAUAAUCAAGUUCCUGAAUUGGAGGAUGAGGAGGAGGGAGAGAAAGAGAAUGAUGGAGAAGCCCCUGUUUCUAAGCCUAAGAAACCACGCAAAAGAAAGAAUAGAAAGGCUGCCUUGAAUGAGGAACCAAAUGAUAAGAAAAGCAAAACAGCUGAAGACAGUAAUGAUCAAGAUGAGGUGUGCAUACCUGAAGACUCUGGGGCUGCACUUCCUGAAGAUCAUACAAGUUCAGAAACGUCUGAAAAGACUGAGAAUGUGAAUGCAUCCAAAGACACUGCAGUCAAGCCGGCUAAACUCUCACGAGGCAGAGCACCAAAACCACUACUUCCUUUGGGCCGCAAGUGGGGUAAAAAGCCUCCACCACCCUCCACAAAGGCCGAAGAUACUGCGUCAGAUAAAGGGGACGAGAGUGUGACUGAUGGAGCCUCUAAAGAGCAGGUAAACAAAGAUUCAUCACCUUUAAGGCAAGCUAAUAAGUGGAAGUCAGCCAAUGCUGACGAUACCUCUGAAGAAGAAGAUGCCACCGUUCAACCUCCAAGACCUACCAGGUAUGGGAGAGUGCCCAAACCCACCAAGCCUUUGACUUACCCUGCCAAAGAAGAUGCACAAACCUCUGCAUCUGAGACCACUCCCACCUCACCAGUAGGGUCCACUGCUUCUGCUGCCAAGCCUAAACCCAAAUACGCAGCGAAGAGGGGAAGAUCAUCAAAGCAACAAUCAACCCAAGAGUCCAAAAAGCCCAAACUAGUCACCCUCAGGGCAUCUCAAUCAGAAUACAGUGAUGAGGAGGAUGAAAAGCAGCAGGACCACGAAGAGAUAGAGGAGGAGGAGCACCCUUCAGGUAGCCCCAGUAAGGACAGCAGUGCCCCUGUGUUUGUGCCUGCCAGUCUGCGUUCUCCACAUCCUGUGAUUUCAGAGGUAGAAGAGACUAUGGAGGAGCUUGAUAUCUUGGCCAAUAUGCCUGAUGUGUUGGGCAUCUCCCAAGAUGCCCUUUGCCCUGAUGCCUCUUGUGAGCAGGCACAAAAUGAGACGGGCACAGUUGAACCAUGCGAACAUCAGUUGGACCUGCUGGUCGAUGUUAUAGACUUCCUUUCUUCAGAACACACAGAAGUAUCUGAGGAUGAGAGCUACAAUGAGGCUGCCCAAACCCUGUUGACCAUUGGCAACCUGACUCAUCUCCCUCAGUCAGCACAGAACCAAAUAGCUACACAAGAUCACACAACAGGGACAACAUCAGUAAGUGUGAAAGAAACCAGACAAGAACUAGACGAAGAAACUGCAUCAAAGCCUGCUGCACAAGAGGAAAACGGUACCACUCCUCUCAUUUCUGGUCAUGGAGUCACAGAAACAUCAGAGACUAUCGCUACUGUAGAGCCACAAAACAGCACAACAGACAAUGGUGCUGUUCCCAUUAUUGAAACUAGUGAUCAGAUGUGUGGUGAGCAGAAGACUAUUUCUGAUAUGGACCCUAGCCUUCAAUUACAGUCAAGUCCAGAGGGCUCAAAGAAAAAUUCUGCACAGCCCAAGAGAGGACGCUUAUCCAAGGUGAAACCUAAACCUAACCUAGGCCGAGCCUCAAGGACUGCACAGCCCAAAUCCCAAACUGACACAUCAACAGAACAGACAGCUGAAGAGAACAACGCAGAUGCUGCCAACCUUCAGGUCACUGAAUCACUAUCCGUUUCUGAAGAAACAACCCCUAAGAUAACAGAAUAUUCUCCACCAUUGUUAAUAGAUGACGUUUCCUGUGAUGAAGUCAAACUUACAAAAGAGUUUCCUGUCAGUCAGGAGAGGUCUGUCGAUGAGGUAGAAUCAGGUGCAGCAAAAUCAGAUCAGAGUGCCUCAGAAAACACUGCGAGUCACUGCUUUUCUGAUGCCCAGUUUGAACCCAGUCGGGAACAAGCCAGCAGGGACACAACGUCAACAUCUGAGUCCUCAAAUGAAAAACGGAUUACGAGUUGCUUUAAUAAUUCAGCGACAUCUGACACAUCAGUCGCCGAGUCACAAGUUGAACACGAGUCAAACACAGAUUGUGUUACAGUCCAAGAAGACAGUCAACAUUCUGUUGCUUUUGUCACACCUUUAGAAGAUUUACCUGUCAGCCAGAAAGAGAGUGAAGUAACACAGUCUACUUGCCAGUUUAAAAGGAGUAGAUUGCAAAAAGUUAAACCCAAACCAAACCUUGCACUGAUGUCAAGAACUGCACGGUCUAAACCUCAAACCACAAAAGACUCUUUAGAGAAAGACUCCAGCCCAACUCCAAUCUCCAACAUCCAUGAAAAAACAAUAGUAGAGGAUGAACCAGAAGCAACUUGUGGCACUUCUCCUGAAAAACCAAGUAAAAGCACUGGUCCUGCUUCAGUUUUGAUACCAUCAUUACAAUUAGGCUGUACUCUUACACCUGCAAAAGAUCUGUCUAAAACUGAGGAGAAAAGGACAGAUGUUGGACUUGUUGGUCAGGUAUGCUCUGGUGCUGGAACAUCAGAUCAGAGUGGCUCAGAAAACCAGAGCAUUUCUGAAGCCCCUUUUGAACCCAGUAUCAAAGAUACAGGAUCAACAUCUGAGUCCACAGAUAAAAAAGGGACAAUUCAAGAUGGUACAACAGAGAGUAGUAAUAACCUGGUGACAUCCGGCUCAGCUGUCACAGAAUUAAAAGUUGGACAAGACUCACCCCCAGUCCAAGAGAGCAGUGAACAUCCUGCUACAUGUGUUACACCCGUAGAAGAUUUACCUAUCAUAUGUAAAGAUGAGAGUGUCGCAUCUGCUUGCCAAACUAGGAGAGGGCGAUUACAAAAAGUCAAACCCAAACCAAACCUAGCACAGAUAUCAAGAACUGCACGGUCUAAACCUCAAACCAUGAAAGACCCUGUUACGCACAUGCAGCUUGUGGAGAGACCCUCCAGCCCAAUUUCAAAGCCUGGAUCUUCUGACAAUACAUUAGCAGAGGUAGAAGCACAGCCAAUUUGUAGUAUCACUGUUCCUGUAAAACCAAGUCAAAGUACUUGUAAUGCUUCAGUUUCAGUACCAUCAUUGGAAUUAUGCACUACUCAUAAACCCACAGAGGAAUCAUCCUCAACUAUGGAACAAAAGACAGAUGUUGAACCCAACUCAAGCUCAGAGAGUUCAGAACCAAAUGUACCCCAAAGACGACGACACUUCCCCAAGGUCAAACCAAAUUUAGGAUCAUCCACCAGAACUACAGAGACAAAACUGCAGCCAAAGAAUAUUAGUAAACCCUCAGAACAACACUAUAUGGACACCUCUUCAAAUGUAACCUCAGAACAACAACCUGCGGACAAUUCACAAACAGAACUGAAACUUGCAGAGAAUGACUGCAAGCGCUUGACACACUGUACAUUAAAUACAGAACUCAUCUCAACAAAAUCUGCACCUGCAGAGUCAGAAAAGACACUAGACAGCACAAAUGAUAAGGGUACGUCUUCUGAUGGUAUUGUCAUAGCAACAUCUUGGGUUGCUGAGAAUCAGUCUGUGUUGACAGACUCAGUUCCUGAAAAUAAAAGCAGUGAGAAAUUCACAUUUGAGAGGGAAUCCACAGGAGACAAAAUGUCAACCAAUGACAGGGUAGACGUUGGACCUGCUUCACAAGGGGAUUGCAAGCUGGAUAUGUCCACAGGAGUUACAGAGUCAAAUACCCAACCUCCAGAUGACGCAACUGCGGCUUCAGAUGUUCAGUAUUCAGAAGAUGGCUCCACAGAGUCAAAACUAAAUUAUGUAUUGGCUGCUAGUCCCUACUUAAUACCAGAUCCAAAACAAAGCAGCCAUCAGCCAUGGCCAGAAAGUGACUCAGAAGUACAAAGUCAAGAUAUAACCCAACGAUGUUCAGAGACCAGGGAAACUAAUCAAAUAUCAAAUGACAACUCUCAAUAUGCACAAAGCACGGAUGAAACACAGUCAGAGCUGACUGACUCCUUUGAGUCUUCAAAUAAAGCCCUUCAAACUCACAGAGGCAGGCUUAUUAAACCCAAACCCAACCUGGGAUGCAGCAGUCAACCUCCACAACCCCAACAAGUCCAGAACACAACAAAAGCAGAAGCAGAUUCUGGUACUAGCUCAGAAGGUGUGGAUGCUUCAGUUUCCUACAAACCUGUGUCUAAAAGCCAGCCUGACAUUCAGGCACCAGUAGAGGAAGCUAUUGAACCACAAAGUAACCAAGAGUCCCCCUCAGAUGAUGCUGGGUCGUUGAUGGGCUGCUUGUCACAUAUUAUUGAACAACUGAGUCAACACGACUCCCCUCCAGAUGAUGCUGGAUCCUCUUUGAGUUGUGUGACACAAGUACCGGACAAUUCUUCUCAGAACACAUCAACAUUAAAUACAGAGGGGACACAAAGUCAUCCAAGUCUCACAAUAUUUCCAGACAUGCUGUCGGCGCAGGUGCCUUCAGAUCCAGAUGAACCGUUUUUCAUCCUCUCACUGACUGAGAUCCCAGUCUCUUCAUCAGGGGAGGUGAUGGACAGUGCAGCUGGACCCCUCCCUUAUCAUCGUGUGGCAGAUGAAUCAACACAGCAACAGAGCGGUGUUCCCGGAGAGAGUUUGGCAGCAACGAGAGAUGGGUCUCUCUCUAAUGUCCCUGUGCCCGUGUCCACAGAGGAGAGUGGUGAAAUGGGCCUAAUCAGUGUAAAAGAUACUGGGCCAGACACAGCUGCACAUAUAGAUUUGAUCAUGGAGAAUCCAGUGGAUCCACAUGAGAGUACUACAGUUCAGCCGCCCAAAUUACCUGAGACUGUAGAGAUUAAUGAUGAGACUGAAGUCCCCCCUACAAAGAAGAGACUAACAGGAACUGGAAGAAGAACCAAACUGCAGGUUAAGCCCAAUACUACAAGGAAGAAACAAGCCAGCAAGGCUCUUUCUACAAACACCAACCAGGACUCCGAACUUCCUGGGUCUUCCAUGCAGCGAGAAGCCUCUGAUGCAUCAACAAAAGUGGGCGAUGAGGUCGUCGCUGAGCCACAGGAAAGAAGUGGUGAUCUUGUAAACAUUGAAAAGGAGAUUCCGGCAGGUGGGAAGGGCCCUGAGGAUAGCAGCUCAGUAGUAGAAACUCAGACUACAACGACUAAGGGGACAAGCAUUGAGAAUAGCACUGCCCCUUCAAGUGAUCUUUCACCUGGCAAAGCAGCUCCCACGGGCCCUAAGGUCAAAACCACACACACAAUGAGAAAACACUCUACCCCAACACCUGUAGCUUCAACAUCACACAAUGUCGUUCCCACACCCAGUCCGACAAAGCUGCCAGAGGAAACCCACUCAGCAUCCUCUACCGCUUCACCUACACUAACAGAGGUGGAUAUUGGACAGACCACUGAACUAAACCGACUAUGUUCAGACCCAACUGCUAGCACUUCUCAGUGUACAGCUGAGGUUUCAGCUUCCCAGCAAAGUGACUGUGUGGAGAGCAGCUCUAUAGAGGAGGAGCCCACCAGUGUGUCUCAGUACUUCCUUAGUGAUAUAUUUACAGAAGUGGAAGAGGGAUAAAAGCCAUAUAGAGGUGGAGUGAGAGGAGGAACUUGCCAGUGGCUUAACUUUUAUUCAAUUUUUGUUGUGUGAAGUUAUCUCUGUAAAGGUUAAUUUAUAACUAAAAGGCUAUUUUUUUGUUUUGUUUUUUGCUGUCAGUUGUAAUGAAGUGGAGCUGAAUUUACUAUACUGAAAAAGUUUUCACUUUCACAAGCACUUUGAAUAGUGAAAGUGCUUGUGAAAGUGAAAAUGCAUUUGUCACAUUGGUAAAUCACUAGUUUGACUGAAGGAGGUGGCAGCUUUUUCCCAUCAGUUCCUUAUUUUUAUGCCUCAAAAUUCUUAAUUUGUAUGUUAACCAGCUGUGACAAUGCAAAACACUGUACAAUAGCAAACUGGCUCUUGUUUUUUGUUUUUUUUUAUUUGUUUUUUGGGUGGGUCUCAGGAAGAAGAACAUAACUGAAUUACUUGACAGCAUGUACAUUUGUAUAUUUAAAUGUAUUAGCUUUUUAAUGCCUCUUCUGUGUAUUUUAGUGCUAUUUUUUUUAUUAAUUUCUUCUAAUCUGAAACAAAUUUUUAUUUGUAUUUGAUUAAAAAAAAGGAUGUCUAAAAAUUGGCUUUUAUUUAGAAAACAGACAUCAGAUACAGAAUAUAAUUUAGUAAAAUUGCAUCAGUAUAUUCUGCAAAUUCACCCCAUACAGAGCAAAGGUAGUCAAACUUUAUUUAAGGAAAAUAACUGCCAUCUAGUGUACAUUAAGACAAUUUGUCAAGUGUAUAUAGUGUAGAUCAGUAGAACGCUCAGAGGUCCUUGUACAGCUAUGCAGCAUUCACAUUAUUAUGUAAUAUUACCAUUAUACUUGAAACAAAAACACAUCAUGUGCCCUUAAAUGUUUCAUUAAUAUAAUUUAAAUUAAAACAUGAAAUUCUAUAAGACCUGAAUAAAAAGUGUUCAUCUGCCAAGUUUUGUAAAAAAUAUUGCUAGUAUAUAACACCAGUGCUAGCAGUAUUAUAAAAAAAAAAAAUACUGCUGAUAUUAUGAAAAUAUUGCUAGUAGGGAUAGACAGUGAGCACCUCCAGCCGUAAAGAAUGCUGUGCAAUUUUAGAUACUGAUGGGUAGUUUUGACAUUAUCCCCUGUUGCUUUUACGUUGACCUUUUUCUGAUAGAACUCAUGGGGCUGAAAAUGUAUGGCUGACGGACCUUGAAUAGUAGUACAUGACAAGCUGCUUUGAGACAUCGAAAUCCUGUAUUUAUGUCCUGGUUUUGCACCACAGAAGGGAUUUACAUACCGAGGCACAGUAAGGACACAACCCAUUGCACCAUACAUGAAUGCAAUCCAAUUAUUCACAAUACCACAGCUCAUGACCUCAGAAAUGAGUGUAAUCACCUCUCUGACACUAAAAAUGGAACAUUACUGUAUCCUGUAUGUAAGAUUAUUUUUGAAGCAAUCUGUGCUUUCUAUUUAAUAAAUUGUAGAAACUCAA